UACAAGCUUUCUCUAUAUAACUACUUAAAGCAUCAGAAUAAUUCCGAUAUGCAUAUCCAGAUUAUUAAGAAUAUAUUUGAUUCUUUUGAAAGCUUUGAAAAAGCUCUUAAGGAAAUCUUUAGUAAUUCCAAUAAAGAAUGCAUUACAGCUCAGCAGCUUAUAGAUCUCAAGCAAACUAAAUCAGCUUCUGCUUAUAUAAUCAGAUUUAAGCAACUCUUAGCGCAACUUCUGUAG